AUGAAGAUUGCCUCGCUUGCCUUCCUUGUCUGCACAACUCUCGCUUCAUCGCAACAAUAUUUGGUGCCUCCGCAUCUCAAGAACGAUAACUAUCAUGAAGUCUCAACCGACUUAGUUGUCCAAGAAGCUAAAGGCAAGUACUUUUUCGGAAUCAAGGUUCCUCUUGCUGAUUCCACUGACUACACAUUUGGCGUCAAAUUCGAUAAUGGUCGCACGUCUUUCGUCAAGGGUUCUGGAUGUCAUACUCCUGGUGGAAAGUGUUCCUUAGCAUCAGGCGAUGACUUCCCUUGGAAGUUCGGUGAUGUAAUAAGUUUUGGCGUUGUCCAAAAUGGUGACAACGAUUUGAAGUUGCUGGCAGGUAUUCAGGUUAAUGACACCGCUGGGGAAAGUUUCACCGCAACAAUCAAUGGCAUUGGUCAAUUGACCAGCUUUGAGGUGUUACAAAACAACGUCGAUGCGGAGAAUUGCCCUGGUAAGGCAAAGAGUUUAUUCUCCGAGAUUCGUUACGUCACUAAAGAUGUUGAUCGGGAGAUUCCUCUUUUAGGCGAUCUUCAAAUCGUCAGCGACGCCAACGAGUUGGAAUGCUCCAGAAACAAGUACAAUUACGCAAUUGCCGUGGACUCCGAUGGCAAAGUCAUCUUGGGAUCAGGAUUAGAUGGAUCUCAAGACGAAGAGCUCACCCCUGGCAAGGUACCUAUUAAUGAUGCUACCUCUGAUGGAGAAAGUACUGGGGUACCUUCAGAAGAUAGCCAUGAUGAACCCUCUAAACCCACAAAAACCACUACCACGAAUACCCAACAAUCAGUGGGACAGAACGACGGUAUGAACCCCGUUUCAACUCACACUGAGGACAGAAAGCCAGAGAAGCCAGAGGAAAACUCCAAAACCCCUACCAAGGCUGAUGGAGAAGGCUUAGUUUACAUUCCUAGUGCCGUUACCACUGAGAUUGAUGGCAAGCAAACCACUUUUGUGACGGUAGUGAAGGGUACCACUGACGAUUCUGAGCAGGGUAAGGCAUUGAAGACACUUGCCCCAUUAUACACCAUGUUCGGGGAAUGGUGA